UUAUCUAAUGCAUUCACUCUCCUUAUUUUCAUUGCAUAUAUAGCUCACACACAAACCCAUCACCUCCAUUGACACCUCUGCAUGUUUCAUCUUCCUCAAAAUUAAUAAGUGCUACCUCGUAAUGAGAGAAGUUGAGUAAAUGAAAGAAUCGGAGAAAGUAACGUGGGAUCAGGGACGAUGUCCGGCGCAGGCACGAUCCUUAGGCUCACAGAAGCUUAUGGUAUGGCUAAUGCUCUUCGUUUCGCUCAUCUACAUGCUUUAUACUCUGAAGCUCGUCUCAACAUCGUCAAGCGCCUGCAACCACGCGCCUUUCAUCAUCAACCAUCUCGGUUCUUCCUCUUUCCCCUACGCAAACGUUACGGAGAAGAGGGAAUCCUCCUCUUUGGGUACCGGAACGGGGAAGCGCCGAGACCAGAAGACGGAGCUCCGUCACGUGGUGUUCGGAAUCGCGGCGUCGUCGAAGCUGUGGGAGCACAGAAAGAAUUACAUAAAGAUUUGGUACAGGAAGAAGGAGAUGAGGGGAGUGGUGUGGCUGGACGAUCGCGUGAAGAUCGACCCGGGGGAAGGGUUGCCGCCGGUGAAGGUUUCGACGGACACCUCUAAUUUCGUCUACACCAACAAGCUGGGUCACCGCUCCGCCAUUCGGAUCUCCCGCAUUGUCACCGAAACGCUGCGUCUGGGGCUCAAGGACGUGCGGUGGUUCGUCAUGGGCGAUGACGACACUGUUUUCGUGACGGACAACCUGCUGAAGAUUCUGAACAAGUACGACCACAACCACAUGUACUACAUUGGGAGCUUGUCGGAGAGUCACUUGCAGAACAUAUUCUUCUCCUACGGCAUGGCCUACGGCGGAGGGGGCUUCGCCAUCAGCUACCCCUUGGCUAAAGCUCUGAGCAAAACUCAAGACCGUUGUAUUCAGAGGUACCCUUCUCUGUAUGGCUCCGAUGAUCGAAUGCAAGCUUGCAUGGCUGAACUCGGUGUUCCACUCACCAAGGAACUCGGUUUUCACCAGUAUGAUGUGUAUGGGAACCUGUUGGGGCUUCUUGCAGCUCAUCCAGUGACUCCAUUGGUGUCACUGCACCACCUUGAUGUGGUUGAGCCAAUAUUCCCGAACGUUACAAGAAUAGAAGCCCUUCAACGGCUUACCAUUCCAAUGAAGCUUGACUCAGCGUCCCUCGUUCAGCAGUCAAUUUGCUACGACAAGAAAAGAAAAUGGACCAUUUCGGUUUCAUGGGGUUUUGCUGUUCAAAUAUUUCGUGGGAUAUUCACACAGAGGGAGAUGGAAAUGCCUUCCAGAACAUUCCUGAAUUGGUAUAGAAGAGCAGAUUACACUGCAUAUGCAUUCAACACACGCCCGGUUAGCAGAAACCCUUGUCAGAAGCCUUUCGUGUUUUACUUCUCAAAGGCAAAACUGAAUUCCACAUUGAAACACACAGUGACUGAAUAUGAAAGACAUCUUGUUCCUCACCCAGAAUGUCACUGGCAGAUGCCUGAUCCUUCUCAUCUUCAAAAAUUAGAGGUGCACAAGAAGCCAGACCCGCAUCUAUGGGAUAGAGCCCCAAGGAGAAAUUGUUGCAGAGUGAUGAAGACCAACAAGACAGGAAUCCUGAAGAUAGAUGUGGGUAUAUGCAGAGAUGGCGAGAUCCACGAACCUCUUUGAUUGUGAAAACUGUGAAUCAAUAUUGAUUAACUGGGUUCUCUGCAUAUAUAUAUAUAUAUAUAUAUAUAUAUAUAUAUAUACAUAUUCUUGGACCUCAUUUCUUCAUUUAUUGGACUUACGUUAACUUCAAAUUUUGUAAUUCUUCCCGGGCGUUCUGAGAUUGGGUGGUUGUAGAAAGAAAGUUCAUGCUGUAAUUCAUAAAAAAGUAUCGUUAUUAUUGGUUACAAAAUUGUAUUUCUAUUUAAUUAAGUUGCAGAUGAAAUAGCUCAGAGGGCAGCACGUAACUUUUCUGCUUUGCUAGAUAAUCCUUAGAAUUCAAAUGCGCUGUUUACAGCGAUUCUUCCAUUCGAAAACCCUGAAAUCAUAUAAAUAUGUAAUUAUUAUUCUGAUCACUAUUGUUAACUGUAUUGCACAUGAUUUUGUAUGGUGGAGUAGUAUCUCUAGGCAACAUAAGUAUUGGCCUUGUUUUAGGAUAAUAAUAUGACAAACAACACAACUGAAUAUGUUCUAAAUAUCUAAA